AAACAUGCAUUUGUUUAACUUUACUACUCCGAAUGGUCCCAUUGAAAUCAAUGGGCUAUAUUCAGUAAUGAAGUUAAGUGUGUGCAUAAUUAUAUGCAUUAAUUGUUGCAGCCUGGCAAAAUUCUUCUUGCCUAUUUGCCUAAGAAGAGUGUUCCCCCCCGUUGACCUCACACUUGCUUUAACAAGCAGUUCCUAGGGCGUAUUCCCUUCUGAUUAAACUACUGGUUGGCUCCACCCCUCUGCUGAAGUAUGAUACAACUUGUCAGAAAGCAGGAAGUCUGGCUAGAGCACUCUGCAUGAUUUGAUAAGAAAACUCUCUUCUCUAUUCCUGUGAGGGGGGAAAAAAACUAUCCCACGGUCCUGAUCUUAUAAUUCAACCUGCAUAAGCGAACCUUAUUAAUUGGAUGCAGGAUUGGAGCCAAAGGUGAGAAAGCUGACUCCACUCUUGCACAUAUUCUAAACAUAUGGAGUCUCCUGGACUGGCUUUUACUCUUUGGAUAUUUGCCUUUCUUUCUGUUCCUGCGGCUUGUUAUCCAAAUGGAAAAGUAAAAGAGGCCUGCAGUAGUAUGAUGCCUUGCCAUGGACAUUCUCCACAGCCAUUGCCUGAGCACAUUAUAUCAGUGAAUGAGACUGAAUUUAGACCAGGGGACCAUAUAAAAGUUAAUUUAUCUGGUCCAGUUUUUGAAGGAUUUUUCAUACAAGCCCGGAAUGCAGAGAACUUGGCUGGCCCUGCAGUUGGCUCUUUUAUGCUAGCUGAAGAGAGGAUUUCUCAGCUCCUGACAUGUGGACUUGUAAAGAAUUCUGCUGUCAGUCACACUAGUAAGUCAAAAAAGAAACAUGUAGAGGCUUAUUGGGUUGCUCCCACAGAUGCACCGGAACAUGUACAAUUUCUAGCCACAGUUGUAGAGAAAUAUGAAAUCUUUUGGGUGAAGAUUCCUGGUCCCAUCAUUUCCCAACCUAAUGCACCACCUUUGACGACACCUACAAGUAUUACACCAGAGAUUCUACCAACUUUACAGCCAGUUUACCAUCUAACAAAAUCGUUCAAUGCCUCCGGCUGUGGAAGUACGAAGUUCUGCAUAAGGAAUCCUCCAAAAUGUGAUCCUGGGGCUGCCUAUUGUUUCUUUCUGUCCUUCAAACAAAAUAACCACUCGGUACUUAUUGAAAUGAGUGGUCCUAGUGAAGGAUAUAUAGCCUUUGCAUUAUCUCAUGACCAGUGGAUGGGUGACGAUGAUACUUAUCUGUGUAUUAAUGAAGAUCACCGUAUUAAUGUAAACACGGCCUAUCUUAGUGGGCGAACUUCUCCUGUGUUGGACUUAGAGAAUGGCCUGGAAGAUAUCUCAUGGAGAGUGGCUGAUGGUCUUGUUCAGUGCUCUUUCAGAAGAAACCUUAGUCUUCCUGCUUAUAAGGGGAGGUUUAAUCUAGAUGCUAAUUAUUACAUAUUUCUGGCAGAUGGGGAGGCAAGUGAAGGAGGUCUAAUUCACAAACAUCAUCGUCAGCCUCUGAUCACCAGUCGAAUGUACAAUGUCACAGACUCUCCAAAGGAUGUAGGGGGAUCCCGCUCUCCACUUCUUCUUAAGCUCCAUGCUUCAUUAAUGUUUGUUGCAUGGAUGACUACAGUUAGCAUUGGUGUUGUUGUUGCCAGAUUCUUCAAACCAGUUUGGCCUCAUUCGUUGUUUGGAAAGGAGAUUUGGUUCCAGGUACAUCGUAUGCUGAUGCUGACCACAGUGCUUCUUACGAGCAUCGCUUUUGUUCUUCCUUUUAUAUACAGAGGAGGCUGGAGUGAAUGGGCAGGCUUUCACCCGUAUCUUGGCUGUACCGUGAUGGCUCUGGCAAUCUUUCAACCUCUGAUGGCAGGUUUCAGACCACCUCCUCAUGCACCAAGAAGGCAAGUAUUUAACUGGGUUCACUGGAGUACUGGCACAACAGCUAGAAUACUAGCUGUGGUGACUAUGUUCCUGGGAAUGGACCUACCAGCACUCAACCUUCCAGACCCAUGGGACACUUAUACAAUGAUUGGAUUUGUAGCUUGGCAUGUCGGUAUUGAUAUUCUCCUGGAGAUACAUAGCUACUGUCUCAUUCGCAAAGUUGAAGUGAUUGAUGAAGAUAGAAUACAAAUUCUGCAGUCGCUUACCUCGGCAGAGGCAGAGGGUCAUACAUUUAAAGAGAUUGUGUUAACCAUCUACAUCUGUGGAAAUACAGCAUUCCUUAUUACCUUCCUGGCAGCAAUCCACCAACUAUGAAUUUCUGGCAAGGACAUUAGAUGUUGAGCCUUUGCAGUGAAAUCAAGAGUGAAGCACCAUUCAAGGAAUUAUUACAGAUUCCAGUGUUGCCUCAAUACCUUCCUGAAGUUAUACUUGAAGAAUGUGUGUGUGUGUGUGUGUGUGUGUGUGUGUGUGAAGACUUCAUCAGUCUGUGCUCUCAUGAUCAUCAACAGAGAGAAUGUAUGUUUAGAUUCUAAAGACAGUUUGGGCAGGACUGCAGGAUCAAUCUUCGAUAUUAUUUUUAUGGGAGUCUUUCCCUGAGUAAGGACUGCAAUAACUCUCUUAAUCCAGUAACUUAACUUUUUUUUUUCUUUUUGUUUUUUUGUUUUUGUUUAACAUAUUGCUUAAUGAAUAAUGUACUGCCUAAUGGUUCUUAUUUAAAGUAUAUGAUGUUAGUAUUGUGCACUCCAAAAAUCUCAGAAUGAUUGUCACAAAUGCAAGUUGAUUCAUCAAGGACUACAUUGGCAUAUUUCUUUGCAGUUAAAUGCAAAAGCUACAUUCCGCUCUAAGAGCAGAGUCAUAUAACACACACACAGUGGGCUGAGCUUCAGUCCUGUAACUUUGUCAUUGCUCGCAUCAAUCACAAGAUUUAAAAAAAAAAACCCAACUUUAGAAUAUAAAGAGAAGACGCACUGUAAAACUCAUUAUGGGAAACUUUUAGCAAAACUGUGCCACAGUGUCUCUAUAUAGUCAUAGUGUCUUCUGGCCACUUAAGUCAAAAUAUCUGCUCCAUCACUUUGUGAUUAAACAUGGUACUGCUAGAUAGAAAUGAAGUUUCCUUGACCUCUUGGUUAACCUGAUAGAAGUUGCUUUCCCACAGUUCUUUUUUUUUUUUUUUUUUUUAAAUUAGCAUGUCUUUCCAACAUCAUGACCUUUUGCUUCAUGUGCAUGGGAAUACUAGAGAGACUGGGUAUAUGGGGGUGUCCCUCCCCAGGGGGGAAUGUGCCUCUCCCCAAUUUGAGCAGUAAGGGAUUCUCAUAAGCAAUAUUUGCUAGAUAAAAACAACUCUCUCCACUUCUUGUUUUAAAUUGUUUGUUUAUUUUUGUGGGUUUCUCGAGGGGUGGCAGUAGCUCUGCUUAUAGAACGCUUUGACUAUAUAGUUGCCAGUGUUUUACUAGUGUAUCACUGCAAUAAUACCCCCUGCGAACCCUGAACAGCUUAAUUUUGUGGUUUAUUCUAGUUCCUGAUGUUUCAAAGUGCAAAGAUUUAGGUAUGUUAUAACAGAAUAUUUGCCAACCAGAGAAUACCUGACUACCUGUGAGAGGUGAUAUUGGGGAUGAAGAAAGGUGUAUAUGAAACCAGAUCUGUCCACUUCUAGCAAGCAUGAUGUAGCUGUGGAAUUUAUCACAGAUGGGAAUUAAGUGGUGGCUUUCUAUUGUCUCCUGUAUAACCUAUCUGUACUCCCUCCAUCUGGUACCCACUAAAUGUAGUUGGUUAAAGGAGCAGCUCAGUGGAGGGCUACAGGCUCGGGCUGUUGGUUCAAGCUUAUUUUCUUCUUGGCUCCUCCAGAGCUAUCGGCCACACAAGCAUGUGUUUCAGCCCCAACCUACUGAUUUGUUACCCAUGAGGUUAUCAAUGGUAGUCUUCAAGUGGGUGUAGGAAUGGGAAAGAAGAACCACCAGCAGCAGAAAGGAGGGAGUGGGGCAACCAAAAAAACCCCACCAAGCAAAAAGUCAGUACUUAACAAAAACCCUAGGUGUGGAUACAGAAGGAAAGAAAUAGCAGGAACUAUACUGGGAUGCGAGUAUGGGAAUAGAUUGCAAUGGAAGAUGGGGAUUUCCAGUCUCAGGAGCCUGGGAACCACUGGUACCCUACUGUCAUAUGACCAGAUCAGUUCUAAAGUCACUAGGGACUCUGCAUAUAAAUGUAUUUCUUUACAGUAGUUUCACUGGGUUUUUAUUCUUGUUUAAUUAUCAGUGUUGAGUUCUUUUGCAUGGCUUUUACACUGAUAGGUGUAUGUGCUGUGUACUCUGAUACCUCAGACAUUGUCCAUUCUGUCAUGGAAAUGUGAACACAGUCUUGAUUUUUUUUAAACAUUAAUAUAAGUUCUUUAAUUUCAAA